AUGCCCGGCUUUAUCUCCCCAUAUCGAGGAGUGCGUUAUCAUUUAAACGAGUACAAGGGUAGGCCAAUCAAUAAUAGACAAGAGUUGUUCAAUUUAAGAUACUCAUCUCUAAGGUCUAAAAUUGAAUCAACCUUUGGGGUAUUGAAAAAUCGUUUUAAAAUCCUAUUUGCGAAGCCAUAUUACCCCUUUUCAACUCAAGUUGAUAUAGUUAUCGAAUGUAUUAUACUGCAUAACUACAUCGCCAUAGAAGACCCGGGAGAUGAGUUGUUGCAUGAGGAUAAUUUCAUUGAAGAUGAUGUUGGCGAAAUAGCUAAUGAGGAUGAAGAUGGUGUUGUUGACUUUAGUCAAACUAUGACGCAAAGAGAGGAAAGAGAUUCAAGAAAUGAGUGGAGGUUAAAGAGGGAUCAAAUUACAGUUGAAAUGUGGCAUGAUUAUUAUAAUAAAUAUCAUGGUGGGGACACAACCGAUAUUGGGAUGUAA